AAAGCAUUUUUUUUCUGAAAAAUGAUUCGAUUCCGAGGAUUUAAACCACGAGCUAAACCUUUACCCCCAUCUCAAUUGCCUACAAGUUAUGAAAAGCCAAAAACAAAAUCCCAAUUCGAAACGGACAUUGGUGAAGCUAGACAAGGCAGAACUGCCCAUCAGCCCACUGAAGCUAAAACAGAAAAUGGUAAACGGAGAAGGCGCAAAAGUUCGAUAUUUAACCCUUUGAGAGAUCGUUCGCUUAAGGCUAAAGGGGCGCUUAAAGAUGACAUUAGUGGGGAUUCGAAUAUUUACCUCAAUCCAAUGUUCGAUGCAAAAUCUCAACAGCUUUACCCGCAUCACAUGAUCACACCAUCUACCCCACUAAAACCGAACUUAUUUGAUAUAGCUAGAAUGGCCGAGUUGGCCCAGGAGGAGGCCCUUUUGCAAGAGACCCAAGAUCUAGAUGGAUCGCCAGAAAAAAAUAGAUGGAGUAUAUUCAAAAGGAUCAAGAAUAGGGAUUGCAAAAUACCUCUCUGGAUUACCACUGACAAUAAUUCCUUGUUUAUAUUUUGGGACCAUCAAUGUAUUCGCAAAUAUGCCAAGCUCAUUAUAGAAUGGGGGCCAUUUGAGUAUAUGGUCCUGUUAACAAUCAUCGCUAAUUGUAUAGUUUUGGCCUUGGAAGAACAUUUACCUCAUGGAGAUAAAACUACUCUUGCGCAGAAAUUAGAUAAAACCGAAGUGUAUUUUUUGGGAAUAUUUUUAGUGGAAGCCUCUGUUAAAAUUAUAGCCUUGGGAUUUAUAUUUCACAAAGGAUCAUAUCUGAGAAGCAUUUGGAACAUUAUGGACUUUAUAGUAGUUGUCACUGGGUUAGUUACCGUUAUGGCCACUAAAAGUACAUCUUUCGACCUUCGUACUUUACGGGCAGUUCGCGUUUUAAGACCUUUAAAAUUGGUAUCUGGCAUUCCAAGUUUACAAGUAGUGCUCAAGUCAAUAUUGAAGGCUAUGGCACCUUUAUUACAAAUAGGCUUGCUUGUAUUGUUUGCAAUAGUAAUUUUUGCUAUAAUUGGAUUAGAGUUUUAUAAUGGAGCCUUUCAUUACGCCUGUUAUAAUACAAAUUCAGGGAAAUUGGUAGAAAGCCCAACCCCUUGCUCACAAACAGGGGAAUCUGGAGCUUUUAAAUGCGAUUUACUGACAGAAACAUGCAAGGAUUCAUGGUUAGGUCCAAAUUAUGGAAUAACUAGCUUCGAUAAUAUUGGAUUCGCUAUGUUAACAGUCUUUCAAUGCAUAACAAUGGAAGGAUGGACUACGGUUUUAUAUUAUACGAAUGAUGCAUUUGGUAAUACUUUCAAUUGGAUAUAUUUUGUGCCGUUGAUCGUCUUGGGAUCUUUUUUUAUGCUAAAUCUUGUUCUGGGUGUGCUAAGUGGAGAAUUUGCCAAAGAAAGAGAGAGAGUAGAGAAUCGGAGAGAAUUCUUAAAAUUAAGAAGACAACAAAUGAUGGAAAGGGAAUUGAAUGGAUACUUGGAAUGGAUUUGCAAAGCAGAGGAGGUUAUACUAGCGGAGGAAAAAACUACUGAAGAAGAAAAGAAAAUAAUAUUAGAAGCUAGAAGGAAAGCUGCUUUUCAAAAAACUAUCAAUUCUAAGGAUACUGAUGAUCAAGAUGAUGAAAAUGAGGAUCAAGAAAACGAAAAAAAGCAAACUCUCAUGCAUAAAUGGAAACAUGCAUCCAAGCGCCUCAAAUUUUUUCUAAGACGUACAGUCAAGACUCAAACGUUUUAUUGGGCAGUUAUUGUUUUGGUAUUUCUUAAUACAUUAUGCGUCGCAGUAGAACAUUAUGGUCAACCGAUAUGGCUAGGCACAGCUUUGGAGACGACGGAAUAUAUAUUUUUAGCCUUAUUUAUUAUGGAGAUGAGCAUAAAAAUGUAUGGCCUAGGAAUACGCACUUAUUUCAAAUCCUCCUUUAACAAAUUUGAUUGCAUAGUUAUAGUUGGUAGUAUAUUUGAAGUAAUAUGGAGUCAUUUCAAAGGCGGUUCCUUUGGCAUAAGUAUAUUGCGAGCUCUAAGGCUUCUACGAAUUUUCAAGGUCACAAGAUAUUGGUCAUCUUUGCGCAAUUUAGUUAUAUCUUUGCUAAGUAGUAUGCGAUCAAUUAUAUCGUUGCUAUUUCUUCUUUUCCUUUUCAUACUCAUUUUUGCGAUGUUAGGGAUGCAAUUAUUUGGUGGCGAGUUCAAUUUUCUAGAGGGUACUCCUCCAAAUAAUUUUGAUAGCUUUACAGUCGCUUUGUUAACCGUCUUCCAGAUACUUACCGGUGAAGAUUGGAAUGAAAUUAUGUACAAUGGUAUAAAAUCUCAAGGGGGUGUGGCAAAUGGCGGCAUGAUAUAUGCAAUCUUUUUCAUAAUUCUAACUUUAUUUGGAAAUUAUACACUCUUAAAUGUAUUUUUGGCUAUUGCUGUUGAUAAUCUUGCAAAUGCUCAAGAACUAACUGCUGCUGAAGAGGCUGCUACCAUUGCUGAAAAUGAAAAGAAAAAUGCCGAAAUUGAAAUCGAAGCCAACAACAACAAAAUGAAUGAGUAUUCACAAUACAUUUCCAGUUUUCCAACGCUAUAUUCAUAUGACGAAAAACAGACUAACAAUAUUUCUAACCAUAGAGAUAAAGAUCUCAUGAUAAGCAUGUAUCAAAACUCAAAUCAUUUAAUGUCACCAAACAAGGUUAUAGAAAUCGACAAUGGCAAUCAUGAAAAUGCAAUUCUCGACGAGUCUUUUGACGAUGGGAAGAAAAAAUUGAUACCCUUUACUUCCUUUUUUAUACUUAAACCGACAAAUUUUAUCCGCCGUGGAGCCCAUUUUAUCGUUAACUUGAAAUAUUUUGACCUAUUUAUUAUGUUAGUUAUAUGCGGAAGUAGUAUUACUUUAGCAGCUGAAGAUCCUGUCAACGAAAAAUCCCAUAGAAACAAAGUUUUAAAUUAUUUCGAUUACGUAUUUACUGGAGUUUUCACGAUCGAAAUGCUUUUAAAAAUGAUAAAUCAGGGUUUACUACUGCAUCCAGGUUCUUAUUUCAGAGACUUGUGGAACGUUUUAGAUGCAACCGUAGUUAUAUGCGCUUUGAUUGGUUUCGUAUUUGCCGAUAGUGAAGGGGCAGCCAAAAAUUUGAACACAAUAAAAUCCUUGCGAGUUCUCCGAGUAUUACGACCAUUGAAAACUAUAAAUAGGGUUCCAAAAUUAAAAGCAGUAUUCGAAUGCGUAGUAAAUUCUUUAAAAAAUGUCUUUAACAUAAUGAUAGUCUAUAUGCUUUUUCAAUUUAUAUUUGCCGUCAUCGCUGUCCAACUAUUUAGCGGGAAAUUUUAUUAUUGCACAGAUUUUUCCAAAAAGUUGAAAAAUAGUUGUAGGGGGGAAUAUUAUGUGUACAAAGAUGCCAAAAUAUUACCAGAGGUUCAUUUGAGAGAAUGGAAAAGACAUAAUUUUAAUUAUGACGAUGUGCUGAGGGCUAUGCUUACUUUAUUCACCGUAACUACGGGAGAAGGAUGGCCAAACGUUUUACAAAAUUCCAUGGAUGCCACUAAAAAUGAUCAGGGGCCUCAGCCAGGAUACCGAAUGGAAAUGGCGAUUUAUUAUAUAGUAUUUUUCAUAGUAUUUCCUUUCUUCUUUGUGAACAUAUUCGUUGCACUUAUCAUAAUCACGUUUCAAGAGCAGGGAGAAAAAGAGUUGGAAGAAGGUGAUUUAGAUAAAAAUCAGAAACAAUGCUUAGACUUUGCCAUAAAUGCCAAGCCUAUAGAAAGAUACAUGCCCAUAAACAAAGAAACUUAUCAAUACAAAGUUUGGAAGUUGGUAGUUUCGAUAUGGUUUGAGUAUUUUAUCAUGAUUUUAAUAGCACUCAACACUAUAAUUUUGAUGAUGAAACACGCUAACCAGAGCUUCAAGUUUACACUCACUUUGCAUUAUCUAAACAGUGCCUUUACAGUAUUAUUUACCAUAGAGUGUAUAUUGAAGAUAACUGCUUUUGGAAUCAAGAACUAUUUUAAAGAUGCUUGGAAUGUGUUUGAUUUCAUAACUGUAGUUGGAAGUAUAACAGAUGUAAUGGUUACCGAGAUUAAGUCUUUCACUCUAAUACAAACCAAUUUUAUUAAUCUGGGAUUCUUGAGAUUGUUUCGAGCUGCUCGCCUCAUAAAAUUACUGAGACAAGGUUAUACAAUCAGGAUGUUGCUAUGGACAUUUAUCCAGUCUUUUAAGGCUUUGCCAUAUGUGUGUCUUCUCAUUGGUAUGCUGUUUUUUAUAUACGCAAUCAUAGGAAUGCAGAUAUUUGGAAACAUCGAAUUAAAGGAAGAUACCGAAAUAAAUCGACAUAACAACUUUAGGACAUUUAUUCAAGCUUUGAUGUUAUUAUUUAGAUGUGCCACGGGGGAAAGUUGGCAGUUGAUAAUGUUGUCUUGUAUUGCACAACGACCAUGCGAUCCGCUAUCUGGUAAAAGUAAGCCAGAAUGUGGUCUCAAUUUGGCUUUUGUUUACUUUUGCUCAUUCAUUUUCCUAUGCUCAUUCUUAAUGUUGAAUUUAUUCGUAGCGGUUAUAAUGGAUAAUUUUGACUAUCUAACUCGCGACUCCUCUAUAUUGGGUCCUCAUCAUUUGGAUGAAUAUAUCAGAGUUUGGUCUGAGUAUGAUCCUGCUGCCACCGGUAGAAUUCAUUAUUCGCAAAUGUAUGACAUGUUAAGAAACCUCGCACCUCCAGUUGGAUUUGGAAAAAAAUGUCCUUACAAAUUGGCUUAUAAGCAUUUAAUACGAAUGAAUAUGCCAGUUGCUGAAGAUGGAACCGUUCAUUUUGUAACGACGCUAUUUGCACUUAUUAGGGAAGCCUUGAGCAUCAAAAUGAGAUUGGGUGAUGAAAUGGAAUUGGCUAAUGCAGAACUCAAGGAAAUCGUUAAAAAAUUAUGGCCUCUUCAAGGCAAAAAAAUGAUGGAAGUUUUCAUUCCACCAAAAGAAGAAGUUGGCACUGGAAAAUUAAGCAUCGGUAAGAUAUAUGCUGGAUUAUUAAUUCUUGAAAACUGGAGGACUACUCGAUUCCGAGAAUCAAAUGAUUCUGAUAAGCCAUCCUCAUUGUUUCGUAAAAUUAUGGGAGUCGUUAAAACGAAUACCAAUUUAUCGACUUUAAAUUUGGUGAAUGACGAAGUUGUUAAUAACCGAUCCUCUCUAUUAGAGGGUGAUCAAUUCACAGAUUCAAACAUUGACUAUAGGAACAAUGGCUUGAAAACUACCGACACCUUGCUUCGUAAAAAAAGCUUCUUUAGAAGUAUUUAUCGUCAUAAAGAUAAGGGAAACUCCAGAGAAAGGAAAAAAUUCACUCAAUCGAAAGAGGAUGUCGUUUCUAACAAUGAGAGUGAACAAGUCACAUCCCAACCAACCCAGUUGCUCUUAACAUCUCUAUCUCCAACAUCUUCAGAUAUGUUUACAUUUGCAGGUAUUAACUUAAUCUGUGACAAUGUUUCUCUGCCACAGCAUCUCACGGAAUAUAAAAUAAUGAAAUCACUAGAACUUCCUAAUCCUUCGGAGAACUAUGAGGUUAAUGGAAUGACUCACACCAAAUCAAUUCGUUCGAGUUAUGUAAUACAUGAUGUUAGAAAUGAAUUAAUACCGGAAGAAGAUGACUCCAUUUUAAGCGAUCGUGUUGAUCCAACUUCGACCACCACUAUAUUGACUAAAAAAAUUGUUCUACCUGAUACAUAUACGACGGAGAAAUACAAGAGACGAUUACCCAAUAUACAUAAUUUUUCUUCUCACCAAACGCAUGAUUACAAUCCCAUUCAAAAAUCGGAAGUAAUUAUAUAUCCCAGAGAUUUAAGCAAUAUGAAUUUAAAUAUGACAUUCAAAAAUGCUCCCAGUCUUUUAUCUCAUGAAAUUAAUUCCCACCCUUUAAAACAUUACAAAAUAGCCGAUAUUGAUAAUCAAAUUGGUAAUGUUUAUAAAACAGAAUGGAGUACACUCCCCCCCUAUUUCGAAGGCUCCAUUAAUAAAUAUAAGCAGAAUGAAUAUUAUCAACCUGAUUUAGAGAGCAUAGAAAAAUAUUCUCGAAUCCAUAGAAAACCAAUGCUAUCCAAAAUAAGAACUUAUAACACAUUUUCGUCAACUGAUUCACUGUCUAAGCAGCCCAAACUUGACCAGCAUGCUCGCUUAGAUAGGGGUAAUAGCGUUGAUGAUGAAUUUCAUUUCAUCAAUUUAAAUUUUGAACAUCUUAAUGAAAAUUCUAAAUAUGAUAAAUUUGAAUUUUUUAAAAGAAAGCAAAAGUUCAUACCUCAUUCCUAUUCUCGUGAUCGCUCGAGACACUAUUUAAACUCAAUUGAUUCACAUCGUGGUUCAAAUUCAUUUGAUAACUAUCUAUAUUCAACUUCUGAAUUCGAUAGAAAAAACGUUUACUUGCAUUCUUCGACGAGACCAUUAAGCAAUUACGAGUUUCAUUUAAAUUCUAAAAAUAAAUCUGACAAACAGGAUUACUAUCCAUACGGUGAUUCUGUCGAAACUGCAACUCCUUAUAGUGGUAUCAAGAGGUCUGACAACCUCAAUGACAAUUAUAUUUUGCAUUUUCAUGAACUCUUCAAAGAAAAUUCCCUUUCAACUCCUUUCCCUAAAAUCAAAAGAACAUAUCCUAAUAUUUAUCAUGACACAAUGUAUCACCCCAUAACUUCUCUCACUAGCAAACAACCAACAAAUAAGUUUGAUUCGGAAGGCGACCUUCAUCUAAUGCCCAGUAAUCAGAGAGCUAACUCUAGAAUAUCAUGCAAAUCUCAUACCCUUCCGCCCAGAAAUUUGUUCAAAAAAAAUUACAAGAUGGAUAAAUCAUCAAAUGUUUCCACUUUUAACACGUUUAAUCAUAAUAGUUUUAGCAAUAAUCAGAGACCUGAGUAUCAAGCUUCAUCCAACAAUGAAAACUGCAUAAAUUUUCACUCGUUUGAAAUACCAAAUUACCAAGUAGAUGAGUCUGAUGAAGAUUGGUGUUGAUAAAAUAUUUUGUAAUGAAAUAAAAUAACGAAAAUCAUUAUCUAUAUAAUAUAUAUAAAACUCU